CGCAAAAAAGAUCCCAAGCAGCAGUUCAGAGGUAGCCGACGGCUGUGGAAGCAGAGAGCUCAGCUCGAGAGGGAGGAGGGAGUACGGUCCGAUUGCUCUGUGUGCAAGCGGCUGUAGCCAACAGAGCAGAAUAAGUAGCGAGUCCGCCAGUGCCAUGAACGAGGGCAUACCGCUGUGGCAUUCUCCCGCCAGUUCUGUGGCGUCCGUGGCUGGAUCCAUUGCGCGCGAGAGUUCCGUAGAGCCCGCACGGCAGUCGAGACGUGUGCGCAACAACGGGAUAUUGCCAACCGCAAUGACGCCGCGUAUGAUCCGCACUGUGACUAUUGCAGCUUUGCUGGUGGCCGUAUCCUUCUACAUCAUCGGCGGCGCGAUGCUGUCAACGUCGGUGCAAGGCGCAGCAACGUCUGGCACACCGAACGCGAUCGUUGCAACUGCAGACACAACGAGUGCGGCUGCUGCGACGCUGAGAGAUAUCGAGCACGCUGAGGUGAAGAACAGUCGAACGGAUGGCGUGGCAGACGACAGUGUGCUGUUCCUACCCGGAUUCGGAGCUCCAAGGGAGAAGCAGGUGCGUCUGCUUAGAGGAGACGGCACCACGAGUGGCGUGUUCCUGUCAGUGCUGCUGCCAUUCUGGCCGUUCGCAUUGAUCUGCGUAAUUGUGUUGAUCGUGUUGAGACUCAUCGACGGCCCAUGCCUCGACUAUUAUGUGUGGUAUGUGAACAGUAUGCUGGCCUGGUCGGAGUGAACAGCGUUAACGCAGGGAAACUCUUCUACUGGUUCUUCGAGACGCGCGCGCCCAUGCAGAUUGAUGAUCGAACGCCGCUGCUGCUCUGGCUCAAUGGCGGGCCUGGCGCGUCGUCGAUGACGGGAUUGCUGACUGAAAUGGGUCCUUAUCGUCUCACGAAAGAGCGGAAGCUGAUCCCGCACGAACAUUCGUGGACCAAUAUUGGGCACAUGCUGUUCUUCGACCAGCCCGUCGGUACAGGUUACUCGUCUGUGCGCGAUGACAUCGGCCACGUGGAUACACAGGAGGAAGUUGCAGAGCAGCUCUAUCGCGGUCUGCAGGGAUUCUUCAGACGCCACCCAGAGUACAAACACAAUCCGCUGUAUGUGUGCGGGGAAUCGUACGCUGGUAAAUAUGCUCCGUCCAUCUCGCACUACAUCCACGUUAAGAACAGUGGCCUACCAGACAGCGAUGACGUUGUCAUCAAUUUGACUGGCGUUGCCAUUGGCAACGGCGAUAUGUGGCCCGUGUUGCAGACCCGUUCCGUACCAGACUUUGCAAUUGCAUUGGGACUCAUCGAUUCGCAGCAGUACGAAGAUGCAAACGCGCAGAUCAGUGUAUGCGAGGAGUUGCAUCGACAGGGUCGAGAUGUUGACGCCUUCCAGGUAUGCCAAUCCGUCACCCAGAAGAUCUAUGAGGCUGCGGGGAACCCAUUUAUUUAUGACAUCCGCCAGUCGGGCAAUACCUUCGCGGACCUGAGUACACUGUUAUCGAGCUACUUCAAUGACGACGCUGUACGUCGAGCGCUGAAUGUACCCCCUGGGACUCCGUGGACAUCAGUGGACGGAUCGAUCUACGGUACGUCACCCUCAGCGCCGGCAUUAGUUCGUCAUCUGCUGCAGGACGAGAUGCUGGAUGUGCCUAUCGACGUGUUCCGCGACUUGUUGGACAACUACAAGUUCCUCUUCUAUGCUGGCAAUAUGGACGGCUCGUUGUGCAACAACUUGGGCGUAGGACGCAUCAUCGAUCGCCUUGCCUGGACCGAUACAACCAAGUACCGUGUAGCCAAGCGACAGCCUUGGAUGGUGGACGGGAAGGUGGCGGGUCUGGCCAAGUCUGCAGGGAACAUGAGCUACGUGGUGGUUCUGAACUCGGGUCACCUCGUCCCUUCAGACCAGCCAGAAGCCUCACUCGACAUGAUGCGGCGUUUUGUCAACAACGAGCCCUUUUUCACGCUCUCCCCGUAGCCACUUCAAAAUACACUAAAGGAUCCUAGAAAACGCUGAGCACCAGCCACCACACCUGUUCCUUGCGUUUUGUCAGGCAAGGAAUAGCGGCAGGUUGUACACUUAUACAACAGAUCUGCAAGUAAAUAAAGUCGACACAUACUUGCACUAGCUGAAGCUUUUGACGUGUUAUUGGUGUAGCCAUGAAGACGCGUCGGGGAGAUUGCUACACCAUUUUUGCUGUUUAGACGACGACCAUCCACUCGCGGAUCGAGUAGGACGUGACGAGGUCGUUGAGCAUGUACGGAUCGGCCUUGACGAAGUCCUCGAUGGUUUGUUUGUCCUCUACGUUGAAGAUGAAGACACCGGCGUCCGGUGGGUUCACCAGUGCGCCUCCCAUGACGACAUGACCGUCCUUCUUGGCGUUUACAGCGCGCUCCAGGUGCUCAGCACGGAACGGACCGCGGCGAUCCAGGAUGUCGCCCACGUACUCGUAGCGCAGAAUGUAGUACUUCUUGUCGGCGGCGGCGGACAUGGCGCGAGACAGCGGAGAGAGCGAGCGGGAGGAGACUUGGCGAAUGCUACGUGCAAGCAUAAUUCUAAACCCUAGCGUAAGCAGCUAAUGUGCACAUAAAAACAUAAUUAUGUAAGUAAUUUAAGAUGGA